AAUUAAAAUGCAGAGCCCCCCGGACCGGUGGCCAGGACCCGGGCAGUGUGAGUGCCACUGAAAAUCAGCUCGCGUGCCGCCUUUGGCACGCAUGCCAUAGGUUGCUUAUCACUGUGCUACAGUGGUUGUGAUUUAUGCUUUUUAUUCAUGAAAAUGCACCCACAGCUCAGAGAAGACACAGUCUUAUCAAUAGAAAUAACUAUCUGCUAAAUCUGAAUGUGUGUGUGUGUGUGUGCGUGUGUGUGUGCGUGCGGGCGUAUAAUAUAUUUGCAGAAGAGCUUUCAGAGAUACCUGCCUUUACUCCAGUAUCUCCAUAACUGCGACUGGUGCUGGCAUUUUACUGAUCUUUGACAGCAAGGAGUUCCAUCUGAUAUCCAAUGGGGACACAGGAAAUGCAGAUCCCAGCUGAAUCCAUGACCAAGACAGGAAAUGUUCAAAGUUAUUGCACUUGAAACCCAUGCGGAAGGAAGGACAAGUACCCCAUGCCAGGAACCAGUCAUCCCCCAUAAGGAAAUGCAACCUUUGAUCUGCCACGCUGCAGGUGCUGUAAGUUCACGUGAAUUCAGCUACUGAGUAUAGGCAACAUGUUCUAUAUGCAUUUGUUUAUGAACAAGCGUGGGCCAUUGGCCAAAAUAUGGCUCGCCGCUCACUGGGAGAAGAAGCUCACAAAAACUCACAUAUUUGAAUGCAAUUUGGAGACUACUAUUGAAAAGAUCAUUUCACCAAAGGUUAAAAUUGCUCUGCGCACCUCAGGACACUUGCUUUUGGGAGUGGUGCGAAUCUAUCAUAGGAAGGCAAAGUACCUCUUGGCAGACUGCAGUGAAGCUCUAGUGAAAAUGAAGAUGGCCUUUCGUCCAGGACUUGUUGAUCUUCCAGAAGAGAGCUUUGAAGCUGCUUAUAAUUCCAUUACAUUGCCUGAAGAAUUUCCUGAUUUUGACACACAGCUACCUGACUUGAAUGCCAUUGAUGUUGCUGAACACUUUACUUUGAAUCAGAGCAGACCUGAAGACAUCACACUUCCAGAAGAUUACAGAAUGACUGUGCUUCCCAGUGAUGGGAAUUUUGGUGAGGAGACUGAAAUACUAAGAGGACAUAGCUUCUUCAAUGAUGGCAUAUUAAUGAGUACUAAUAGUCUCUUGCCUGAUCACAGCUCAGUGAGCACCACUGGAGACAAAUCUAUACUACGUGACGACACACAUGAAUUCAAACUUGAUGGUUUUGGAGACGAAGAUGUUCCUGGGGAUAUGAUUGAAAAUCUGCUGAAGACUGAGCAAAAUAGCCUAAUUUAUGAGAUUCUUGAUAUGGAGGAAGAAGUUCCUUUGUCACAGGAACUUCCUGAUGAUAAUGCAGUGGUGAAUUUCAGCUAUGUAGGUUCUAUGCAUCCAGAAGAAAGCCACCAGAUGAGUGAAUCUACGCUGUUGACAAAUGAAAAAGAAGGAUUUACACUUGAGCCUGUUGAUGCUACAGUUGUCAUAGGGAGAAGGAGCUUUAAAAGAAAGAGGAAGUUGCUUGUUGAUGUAGUGAAGGAGCUCAGCAGCAGCACUAUUUACAAACAGCUUAGCAACUGCAUGGAUACUCUUACUAUGUUGGAUCUUGCACCCCCUACAAGAAAGUUGAUGAUGUGGAAGAAGUCAGGAGGAGUAGAUAAACUUCUGUCCCGUACUACACAGCCUUUGAUUAAUGCUGAGCUACAAACGUUGUUUGCAAAUUGCUUUAAGUAUCAUGGCUUUAAGACUGGAAGAAAAGGUAUACAGACAGAGUCUGAAACUGAAGAAACAAGACGAGAGAGAGAGACUACAGAGAUGUUGAUAAGAGAAGAGUCAAGUUACCUGCAAGAGUCAGCUCAGACAGAAACGGAGAGAACUAUUACUGACGAUUCAUUUGUGUUGGCAUUACAGAAUGGCAGAAAUGAGGAUGCUAAUAACAUUGAUGAGGCUAUAGAGAUGGUGAGGAAUGAUCAAGACAGUGAAGAAAGAAGGUGGAACAAAAGAACUCUUCGAAUAUUGAACACUUUACGGUACAUCAACAAAUCAGGAGUGAGUUCUGUCAGUUUUUUGGAGCUCUGUAGGAACAAUGACCGGAAACAAGUUUCAGCCAAGUUUUACAGCUUCCUUGUUCUAAAGAAACAGCUGGCGAUUGAGCUUACACAGUGCGCUCCCUAUGCUGAUAUUAUAGCGACUGUGGGUACAAAGUUCCAUACUAUCUGAGAGCUAGCAUAGCCUACACAUACCAUUCAGAGAGACUGCUUAAAAACUGUGCUCUGAGUUUUUCAAAAAUUCUUUU